AGCUCUCGGCAAAAAAUAAAAAAAAUACCGAGCUACCGAAAUGUCAUUAAUGUCAUUAUCUCGCUUACAGUUUACAGAGGUUAUGGAAUAUUACUGAUAUUAUCGAGACAUGUUAUGGACACCACUCAAUAAAAUAGUACAAUUUCAGUCGUUACUUGUUCGUCACUCACAAAAUCGUAGUAUUAGCGUGUCUAAGUCAAAAUGUCAGUGGAAAAAUUCUGUGUUUGGUGCCCAUAAAUCUGACCCGAUGUCGUCCUAUAAAUUAAGAUUUAUUUUACGCGAAUUUACCGUAACGAGGCUGUGGAAUGCCUACUUCAGGACACAGCUACUAAACUCUGUAGUGAGGCGAUGCCGCCGUGACCAUUUGCGGCUGUGGGUGUGUCUGCGGCAAACUUUGCUCCGUCCCCACCGGACCCUGGCCUUUACUGUGGCUGCCUACAACCAAGAUGAUGAUGAUGAAGACGGGGAACCCUGCAGCCAGGACAUCACUGAUGAGGACCUCGAGGCCCUGGUACAUGACUUCGAGUCGGUGGACGAGCUGUCCCGAACGACUCUGUUCUGCCCUGGCUGUCAGCGGCGGCUCGUCAUCGAUAAGAAGCAGCCAGGCGUAGUCUACUGCACCUGUUCUAACGCAGUGCCUCCGCCCCCAUCCGAGGACGGCUGGGUGCCUUACAUGGAGGCUGAUGACGUCAUCAUCUGGCGGAAAGAGUACAAGCCAGGGGGACUCUUCGCUUACAAAGUAUACGGGCGCUACAAAGACCUUACCGCCCGUGAUUUCGCGAUGAUCCAAGUGGACGGCGCGUACCGGCGCUCGUGGGACGACGCCGUCGCCGCGCUGUCCGUCGUGGAGCCCGGGGCGAACGGGGUGCGCUCCCAGACCGUCAUACACUGGGAAGUUCUCUGGCCAAGGCUAUUCGCGAACCGCGACUACGUCUACCUCCGCCGGCACAAAGAGUUCAACGUGAAGAGCAAAUGCCUCGCCCACAAGGACGCCAUCUUCGCGACGCCCGAGCUGCAGCCCUGCGCGCCGCCGCCGGAGCGUCCGAGCGUGCACUCGCGGGCGAAGCUUAAGGCGCAGCAGAUGGAGCGAAGCGAGAGGAAGCUAGGAAGCGAAAGCAGAGGAGAGAUCGUCAAUAAGGUGUACGUGAUAUUGAGCCGCUCCUGCUCUCACCCCGACGCUCCGGAGACCAAACACGCCAUUAGGGUCCAAGAAUACUGGAGCCACAUGGUGGUACGGACCAUCGACGGACCCGACACUGUGGGUAUGGAGUUCGUGCUAACGUACUACGACGAGCCAUCCGUCGGCGGUCUGCCGUCCGGGGUCUCCGCCUGGGCCACGGGCCGCGCGGCGCCGUCCUACCUCGCGCGCAUGCACCGCGCCGCGCUGCACUACCGCAAGUGGCGCGCCAUGCACACGGACCCGCCAGACUUCGAGCCGUUCGACGCGGAGCAACCCACGCCUCGGCCCGUGGGCCACAAGCCACGCGCGCCGCACAUACCACGCAUCGUCAACGAACUAGAAUUAGAGGCUAGUAUAUACGCUUACUGUAAUAUCACAGGACAGGAAAAAAAGGCGCUGGUGGCCUAG